AUGAGACAAGCACAGGUCCUGUCCAAGUUAGCGGCCGUGGUCGUCCUGGCCAGUCCCGCCUUGAGCGCGACGGCCUCCAUCACGUCCGUCAUCCCCAACCAGGCGCAUCAGUGCAUCCAGCUAUGCGCCUGGAACAACUACCAGGGCAACCUCCCCGUGGCCCUGGGCUGCGCCAACCCGUACGAGAACGAGUGCUACUGCCCUACCGCCACCGAGUCCGUCAGCAAGGCCAGCGUCGCCAUCGAGAAGUGUGUCUCGUCGCGCUGCGCCGCCGGCGACCUCACCCGCGACCUGACCUCCCUGCGGAGCAUCUACGCCGGGUACUGCAAGGAUGCCGGGUACUUGCAAGACGCUGGGGCCCUGGGCUACACGGCAGCCGGGCCGACGGCCAGCAGCAGCGAGGGUGCGUCGUCCUCCUCUAGCGCCCCGACGACGGGGCAGAAGACGGAUUCGAGCCAGCCUUCCAAGACGUCGGCUGGUCAGAGUGUCUCCACGACGACGCAAAAGACCACUGUUACGCAGACAAAGGCGAGUGGCGCUGACGGCACGGGCUCCCAAGUCGUCGUGCACGAAACAGAGACGGUGAUUGUGGAUGGCUCGCGCGGUAGCGGCUCGGGACCAUCUACUGCCGUCAAAAUUGGUGUGGGCGUCGGCGUUCCCGGUGUCGCGUUGCUCGUAAUAGCCGGUGUUGGGCUGUUGCUCUGGAGGAAGCGACGGCCUGCUAGGCGCGGGAAGCUGGACGGAGUCGCUAUGGAAGAGCGUGGCGGUAGCCGACAAGAACCUGGGCCGGCGGCCAGGGAUCAGGGAGCAAGUGAUGGUCAGAAGCAGCAGUCGACACGACCCGAGUUGGCGGUAAAGGCGGGCGCGACGGUGCAGAGGAUUCAUGAAGUGGACGGGAGCCAGCGGUCGGCUUCGUAUAGAACGCAAGACACUCAUGCAGUAGCUGGAAGUCAGCAGUCUGAUUCAGACGCGGGAUAUAGCGCUCAUGAGGUUAUGGGGACUCAGAGGUCCAAUUUCUAUGAGGCAGACUCUGGCUCCUUGACGCGACUUUUUGAAGCGCCGGGAGUGCCGGGAGCGCCGAGUCGGCCGAUCAAUGAGUUGCCCGCAAGCCAUAAGCAGAUGAGGCAGGAGACUCUGUCUGGUGCUGGAUAG